AGCAUUAUUUUAUUCUAGGUUUUUUCCCUCCUUAUACCGUCACGACAUAACAAAGAAGAAGAAUAAAAGAAUCAGUAACACAGACGAAUUUCCACCAAAGGAUCUUCCAUGGCGGCGGAGUCAAACUGGUCUGAACUACCAAAGGAUCUUCUAUAUCUGAUAUGGCAACAAAUCGACAACGAAACCGAUCUCAUUCGCUUUCGAUCAAUUUGUUCCCAUUGGCGCUCUUCUUCCAUCCCCCCAAUUCAGCAUUCCAAUAUUUUACUCUCUAAAUUCCCACACCUCUCUAAAUUCCCAUUCAACUUCUCCAAAUGCAGUUACUUCCUCAUCAAGCAACCACCACAGCAGCAACAAAUAGCCCUAUUUCGUCCUUGGUUGAUUAGAGUUACCCAAAACUUAUCUGGCAAAACCAAACUAUCCGAAUUCCCACUCCUCCCAUUUAACUUAACUUCCCCUUUUCAAUCCUCCCUCGACUUGAACAGAUUCUCCCUCCUCCAUUUGGGAACUAAUUUCAUCAUUGACUUCAAAGAACUAACUCUCUAUAGAUACAUGUUCCCUAAAAAGGUCGUUACUGUUACACCUCUCAUUCUCGCCAUAUUGCUCGAUAACAACCAUCUGGUACUGUUGCGUUCUGGUGAUGAGUGUUGGACGGACUUGUUAUCGUCCAUCCAAGACAUCUGUGUUUUCAAUGGGUGGAUUUACGCCGUUGAAGUUGGUGGUACGACGGCUAAAAUUGGACCGGAGGACUUAAGUGUCCAGUUAGUGGUUAAUCGUGUUCUUGGAAGAUCGGGAGACAUAAAAUUCCUGGUGGAGAAUGAGGGUGAGUUGUUGCUAGUGGACAUCGAAGAGAACUUUUAUUUUGAUUCAUCCCUUGAGUAUACCUUUGAGGAUGCUUUAACAAUUCAUGUGUUCAGGAUUGAUGAGAAGGAAAAGGAAUGGGUGGAAUUGACGAGUUUGAGGGAUAAGAUUUUGUUCUUGGGUUAUGGAUGUUCGUUUUCUGUUUCUGCUUCGGAUAUUUCUGCUGUCAAAGGAAAUUGUGUCAUCUUUAUGGACGAUGUCUUUGAAAACAGCAGGAUAUGUGACAAUGGCAUGUGUGUUUUUGACUUGGAUCAAGAUCAACUUUCACCUUUGAGUGAUUAUCCUGACUAUCUCAAAUUGUUCCGGCCACCUCCAAAUUGAUUGUCAAAAGUUGCAAGCCUAAAAUUUAAAAGAGGAUGAUGCGAAGAAAGAGAAAACGUGAGACACAACGUUGGGUUCACGUCCAAAAUCUGCAACUUUAAUGAGUAUACAAUUCUCCAACUCUACUGCCCCCCAAGUAAAAGCGUUGUCAAUAUGGCUGUGAAAUUGCCAAAAGUGUUCUAAGACAUGAUAUUUUGUUUCAGUUCCCAGUAUUGUGCAUGUUUGAUAUAUUGUAAAGAGUUCGAAUGUCUAAUUGGUUAUUGAUUCUCACCCUUUAUUUAUUCUAUUACUGUUCUUGCU